AUGGCUAUUUCAUAUUCGCUUCUCUUACUAACAAUUGCUUUAACCUUUGUUAAUGCAUAUUCAAAAGAUUACUACUAUAACACUAAGAAACCAAACCUCAAUAAGAUAGAUUCUUGUUGGCGCGCGAAACCGAAUUGGUCGUCAAACCGAAAAGCCUUAGCUGAUUGUGCUAUUGGUUUUGGCAAAGAUGCAAUUGGAGGCAAAUAUGGUGCAAUAUAUAUAGUUACUGAUUCAUCUGACGAUCCUGCGAAUCCAAAACAAGGUACACUUCGUUAUGGCGCAAUACAAACGAAGCCGCUUUGGAUUAUUUUCGAUAGGGAUAUGGUUAUUAGAUUAAAGAAUGAACUUAUUAUGAAUAGUUAUAAGACUAUUGAUGGUAGAGGAGUGAAAGUUGAGAUUGGAAAUGGACCUUGUAUUACAAUACAAGGUGUGAAUCAUGUGAUUAUACAUGGAAUUAGUAUUCAUGAUUGUAAACCGAGUAAUGCCGGACUUGUUAGAAGUAGUCCUGAUCAUGUUGGUCGUCGACGAGGCGCGGAUGGUGAUGCUAUUAGUAUAUUUGCUUCCUCAAAUAUUUGGAUUGAUCAUUGCUUUUUGGCUAGAAGUAGUGAUGGAUUAAUUGAUAUUAUUCAUGCUUCAACUGCGGUUACUGUUUCGAAUAAUUACUUCACUCAGCAUGAUAAAGUUAUGUUGCUUGGACACAAUGACGAUUACACCGCCGAUAAAAUAAUGAAAGUAACAAUAGUUUUCAAUCGGUUCGCUAGUGGGCUAAUCGAAAGGAUGCCAAGGGUGAGAUUUGGUUAUGCACAUGUAGCCAACAACAAAUAUGAUGCGUGGAAAAUGUAUGCUAUAGGAGGAAGUGCAAACCCAACUAUUUUAAGUGAAGGCAACUUUUUUACAGCACCAAAUGACAAUAAUGCAAAAGAGAUUACAAAGAGGGAAGCAAAGGGAAAGGGAAACUGGAAGAGCUGGAAAUGGAGGUCUUCAAAAGAUGCAUUCUCAAAUGGUGCUUAUUUCGUACCUUCUGGUUAUGGAAGUUGUGCACCAAAUUAUACACCUUCUCAAUCUUUUGUGGCUGUUCCAGCUUAUAUGGUGCCUGCUAUAACACUCAAUGCAGGUCCAUUGAAUUGCUACGUUGGAAGAUCAUGUUAA